GCCACGCCUCUUUGAGUAAUGUACUUCCGGCGUGGUGACCUCUGUUUACAAGUCGUCACGUCAAAUAUCUCCCUCCUCGCCAGCUAUUAUUAAUAAACACGCUUGGACUCCAACCGGCUCGCAACCAACAGCGUUCGGGUUUUAAUCCUCCAAAUAUGAUUAGAAGCAAAGCGGGCGGCCGCUCGGAGAGCGAACGAAGGCGACGACAAGUAAGCUAGCUAGAUGUUAGCUGGCUACCGAGCUGGUCUCCCGGCGACCAGACAAGAGAGCCGCUCAGCAGCCUAGUGAGAGCCCGGGGUUUGGUGUCCAACACAAGCUAACCGGCUUAGUAGCUCCCCCGCCAUGGCCCGCAGCUUCCUCAACACGGACGAAGCGUCCCCGGCGGCUCUGACGGACCUUUGCCUGACCUUCGUGAGUCACAACCUGCAGUGUUUCUGCGUCAAGCGUCCCGAUGGGUCUCUGUGCUUCAGGGAGGCGGUGCUCUUCCCGCAGGAGCUCGCCGACCAGCUGCUGGCUAAAAUGGCUACAGAAGGUUUGUUGAACGACAGCACGGUCGCAGUGUUCUGGAACAGCGAGUACCUGCGGCUAAGGCGAGCGUACAUCCGCACCGCGCGGAUAUCUGCAGAGGCCUUUCAGAGAGCCCUGUGUGUUCACAGGCUGUCAGAGCUGGACGCUGCCAGGGUCAACGCAGACCUCACCAUCCCUGACAUUCUGCGAGGACUGUCUACUAAUAAACACUGUCAGGAGUCCCUCCAGCGUCUUGUCCUCACGGGUCUAACCAUGUCCUCCCUGGAGGAGCCCAGCAGACAUUGCUUCAGCUCCCUGCAGGGCCUGCGCGCCCUCUCCCUGGCCAACGUGGACUUCUACAACUCGGGCCUGGCGGGCGUGUGCGCUCUGCCCCGGCUGGAGAGCCUGGACCUGUCCAACACCUCGGUCACUAACCUGAACCCGCUGCUGGGCCUGAAGGACCGGCUGCGCUCGCUCACGCUGCACCAGCUCAAGCGGCUGGAGAUGAGCACCGCGCAGCUGCUGGCCGUCAUCGGGCAGCUGGACGUAUUGCAGCACCUGGACAUCAGCGAUGAUAAACAGUUUACCUCCGACGUUGCUCGUCAGCUGCUUGGACAAACCGGCAUACUUCCUGCUCUCGUUUCCCUGGAUGUGUCUGGAAGGAAACAGGUGACAGAUGCCGCUGUUAAGGCGUUUGUUGAGGAGAGACCCGGAAUGACCUUUAUGGGACUCCUGGCCACGGACGCCGGUUUUUCCGACUUCCUUUCCGGGGAUGGAAACCUUAAAGUCACGGGGGAAGCCAACGAAACGCAGAUCUGCGAGGCGCUGCGCCGCUACGCAGAGAGGGAGGGCUUUGUGAGAGAAGCCCUGUUUCAUCUCUUCAGCCUCACCCACGUCAUGGACAAACCUCGACCUGACAUUCUAAAGUUGGUAGUUUUAGGCAUGAAGAACCACCCCGCCACUCUGAACGUCCAGCUGGCGGCCAGCGCCUGCGUCUUCAACCUGACCAAGCAGGACUUGGCAGCCGGGAUGCCGGUCCGGCUGCUCAGCACCGUCACUCAGCUCCUUCUGGAGGCCAUGAGGACGUUCCCCAACCACCAACAGCUGCAGAAGAACUGCCUGCUGUCUCUUUGCAGUGACAGGAUUUUACAGGAAGUGCCAUUUAACAGGUUUGAAGCUGCUAAACUGGUGAUGCAGUGGCUCUGCAAUCACGAGGACCAGAACAUGCAGAGAAUGGCUGUAGCUAUUAUUUCCAUCCUGGCUGCUAAGUUAUCCACGGAACAAACGGCUCAGCUGGGAGCAGAAUUGUUCAUCGUCAAACAACUCCUGCACAUUGUUCGCCAGAAGGCCACUCAAGGCAUGGUGGACGCCACCCUCAAGUUUACUCUCAGCGCCCUGUGGAAUCUUACCGACGAGUCCCCAACAACCUGUCGCCAUUUCAUCGAGAACCAAGGACUGGAUCUGUUUAUCAAGGUUCUGGAGUCCUUCCCUAACGAGUCGUCCAUUCAGCAGAAAGUUCUGGGUCUCUUGAACAACAUCGCGGAGGUGGGCGAGCUGCACGGCGAGCUGAUGGUGCAGACCUUCCUGGACCACAUCAGGACCCUCUUGCACAGUCCCGAGGUGGAGGUGAGCUACUUCGCCGCCGGCAUCCUGGCGCACCUGACGUCACGGGGCAAGGACGCGUGGACGCUCAGCCCUGACCUCAGGUCCUCACUGCUGGAGCAGCUGCACGCUGUCAUCAUGGAGUGGCACGCGCCAGACUGUGAGAUGGUGGCGUACAGGUCCUUCAACCCCUUCUUUCCUCUCCUGGAGUGCUUCCACACGCCCGGCGUCCAGCUUUGGGCAGCGUGGGCCAUGCAACAUGUCUGCAGCAAGAACGCAGCCGCGCGCUACUGCAGCAUGCUGUUGGAGGAGGGCGGCCUGCAGCAGCUGGAGCGUGUUCACGCCAACCAGCAAACCCACCCGGAUGUCCGACUGUUGACGGAGAGCAUUUUGGAGAGCCUGGAACGUCACCAGGCUCGUACGGGCCUGCCAAACGGACGCCGCCAGACACCGCUAUGAGGGGGUAACUUCCUAACCAUGAGGAGAUGAUCUUCCCAAGAACGCCCCACAUGUACAAAUAAAAGGUCAGAGGGUACGCACUUCUUUGCACACAAACUAAGCUUAUUUAUAUUCUUCCGUUUAAAACUAAAUACUGUUACAUAAUAUUUCAGCGAAUGUGUUAAUAAGUAUGCUUGAAAAUCGAUGUGGAAAUGUCAGCAUUUUAUGGACUAUUAGUUUGACCUGAGGCCGCACGCGUGACCUGGAGCAUGCUGGGACUUUUGCUAGCCGAUGCCUCUCCCACAGGACGUUUAAAAAAAAAAAAAAAAAUUGUCAAGAUGAUUCUUUGCUGUACAUUUCAAAAACACAAAGUGAUAUGAGCGGGAUAGCAGUGUCGUGUAACGUCUUGUAGGCCGCACAUAACGUACUGUGUGAAACGUGUUAGCAUGCAGUAUGGAAUGUGGACUGUACAUACUAAAAGGUAUUAGCGUGUCCACCAAUGGCUUGAAUUCAUUGUACUUUGUACUCGUGACUUUUGGAUGAUGAUCAUUUGAGGGAUUGUAAUAUUACAAGAAUGCUGGUUGUUCCCUGUUCUAUGGUUAUCAUCACACGUUUCCUUCUUUGCUGUCACUUGACAAAAAAGCCAAAGAAAAAGCAAAAUACAAUGCUCGUUCCUCUAAAGUUUGGUCUGACUUUUAAAGCAUGUUUUUCUAUUUUUGCUUGAACGCUGGGUUUUAUAUGACAUGUGAGGCAUUCCACUUUGGAAGUUCCAAUUGACUUUUCUUUCAUAAAAGUGUAAAAAUAAGGAAACUAUACACUCUGUGAUCCCACUUGACUUUGAGUUAUUUUGAUUUCUAAACAAAUGAAAGCCCAAUCCCGAUACAAACCCUCACUCACUGCCCUCAAAAUGAAGUAAAAAGGGGUAAUCUUACCUAAGAAUUGGGACACCAUUUGCUACGUCACUGCAUAGUUUAUGUUAAGUGACUACAUAAUUACGUUUGCACAUACAGUGGGGUAAAAAAGUAUUUAGUCAGCCACCGAUUGUGCAAGUUCUCCCACUUAAAAUGACGUCAGAGGUCUGUAAUUUUCAUCAUAGGUACACUUCAACUGUGAGAGACAGAAUGUGAAAAAAAAAAUCUAGGAAUUCACACGUCGUGUUUGGAGGAAGAAGAAUACUGAGUUGCAUCCCAAGAACACCAUACCUAGUGUGAAGCAUGGGGGUGGAAACAUCAUGCUUUGGGGCUGUUUUUCUGGACGAUUGAUCCGUGUUAAGGAAAGAAUGAAUGGGGCCAUGUAUCAUGAGAUUUUGAGCCAAAACCUCCUUCCAUCAGUGAGAGCUUUGAAUGGUUGACCAAAUACUUAUUUUCCACCAUAAUUUACAAAUUAAUUAUUUAAAAUUCCUACAAUGUAAAUUCCUGGAUUCUGUCUCUCACAGUUGAAGUGUACCUAUGAUGAAAAUGACAGACCUCUGUCAUCAUUUUAAGUGGGAGAACUUGCACAAUCGGUGGCUGACUAAAUACUUUUUUGCCCCACUGUACGUCCCACCUAGAUUUGUACCUCACGCCAAAAUGUAUAUCCUUAUGUAUAAAUACCGUAUUUUUCGGAGUAUACGUCGCACCUGCCAAAAAUGCAUAAUAAAGAAGAGAAAAAACAUAUACCCUAAUUCCUUGAAUUGCCGCUGGGGCGCUAAUUAAUUUAAAACCUCUUCUCACUCCGGCAUUUACCAAAGGAAUGCGGUAAAUUUAUGCCUGCGCUUAUACAUUUGAGUGUGAUGUAAGGAUACCAUCACGAAAAGCACAUUUAAUAAAAAAAAACAUUAUGGUCUUACCAGUGUUUCCCACAGGUCAAGCAUCUAUAUGUGGUGGUGUGGUCGGGAGGGGGUGGGGAUUUAGGGGGUACGAGGCAGUGGCGGUGGCGAUGACCAAGAAGAACGCAGAGUUGGAAUAUAAUUACAACACUUUAUGUACAUAUUUAUAUACAUAAUUAUAUAAUAUUUACAUAUUUAUAUAAUAUGUAACUACAAGCUCCAUUCACAGACAGAGUCCCAUUGCUUUUAUGAGCGGUCGAGCGAGUCAAAAGCGGGGAAAAAAUGAAAUAAUAUAUAUUUUUUUAUUUUAUUUUAUUUGUGGCAGCCGUAAUUCUUUCCUGGCGGGCCGCCACAAAUAAAUGAAUGUGUGGGAAACCCUGGUCUUACCUUUCCUUAUAAAUGAAGUCCAUGCCAGCUCCUUCUGAUCAAAAGCAUCGAUAACUUGUUUAUAGAAGUCUUCCUUAUCUUUCUUCAGUUUUAAAAGUCUCUCUGUCUCUGAGAUCUUCCUUUAUUACCUCCUGCUUCGAUUGAAAGUCCAGUUUAGAAAACUGUUUUAUUUUAGAUAUGUAAUCCUCCAUGUUAAAAGUGCAAGUGAGAGGAAAAUAUAAACGAUCGCUGCUCACUCUUGCUGCUUUUUGCAGCCGAGUAGUCGCAAGAAGGAUCACUAGCGCCCUCAACCACCAGGAGGUGGGAGUCAUUUAAUGACUCAUAUUUGACACACGCAGCUACGGUAUAUUAAUAAAACAUAGCUGCUUACUGUUCUUUUUAGCAUAUUCAAUAGCUUGGACCUUAAAUCCUACUGAAUAGCUCUUAAUCUUCUUCCCUUUAUGCGAUUUCAAAUUAUUGAAAUCAGCCUCCUCCAUUUUGAAAAUGAUGACAGGUGAAGUGUCACUCGUGACGUGACGAGUUUGACCCGGUGGAAAUUCUAGACAUACGCUAAUAAAAAUAAUAUUUUGCGAAACGAGUUUGACCCGACAGUAAUUCUAGGCAGGUGCAUACUAUAUACCCGGCGGCAAUUCAAGGAAAUAUGGUAACCUCCAUAUUAUUGCAGCCUAAAUCAUCUGCAUUUGCAAAAAAUAGUUGCACAUUUGUUUUCAAAAGUGUUAUCAAUGCUGAUAAAACGUGCAUGGAUUCUGGGAGGGACUAAUAGAAGUGGAGCAGGAAGUUCUACGAAUGCAAGUAGCCACAACCCAUUUGUUGUACUUUGGAGGGAAAAACGAUAUAGAAAGUGAACUUCUCCUUGAAAUCGGUUUGACUUUUGAGACAUGUUUGUCCAGAAAGUGUUUGGUUGAGUUCCAAAAGGUUUGAGGGUGUUCUAUUUCAAUCCCUCCUCCUUCCACUUGAAUGACAAAUAUUCAUGUCUAUCUUUCAUAAGCUUUUAUGGCGUUGCUACUAAAUGUGGACAUUUUUCCUCUUAGGAAAUAAAGAAUGUAAACGUU